AGAUAGAGAGAGCGAUUUGCAGCUGCAGGCUUACAGGUAGCCCAUCAGUUCCAUGGAUAGUCUUAAUGCACCAAUCCUUUCAAAAACCGGAUUCUACUAUAGAAUUCCUGCUUUCAGACCCAAAUCUUUCUCCACAAAUCGGUGCAAGAAAUACCCACUAAAGAGUAACCAAAGCGACUCGACUUUAUUUCUGAAAACCCAAUUUUCAUGUCCUCCUAUAUGUUCUAAUGGCGUCAAGUCGCGCAUUUGGUCUCAAUUCGGGCGAGCCACGAGGCGGCAGAACUAUUUGAGGAAGAAGCUCACUGAACAACAACAACAGGUGCGUGAUAUUCGUGAUUCUUCCAAUUUGCAAACUCCGAAUGGCAUUUCCACUGAAACUAAUUUGAAUUUUAGUGAUUCUAAUGAGAAUAGUUCUGGGUUUAUAGAGGGGGAUAUAGUUGAGUCUGAUAUUGUAACAAAACCCAAACUUAUUUCUGAUUCUGUUGUAUGGAGUAAAUUGGAGAAUUGGGUCGAUCAAUAUACGAAGGAUCCAGAGUUUUGGGGAAUUGGGUCUGGUCCUAUUUUUACAGUUUUUGAGGAUUUGGAUGGGAAUGUGGAGAGAGUUUUAGUUGAUGAAGGUGAAAUACUGAGAAGAAGCCGGAUUGAAACUCGGUCUUUUGGAAAACCAGAGUUAAAGGAUCACUCCACUGAGGUAAAUUUGAAGAUUUCUGGUGCAAAGCGUUUAGCCAGAGAUAUUGAGACUGGGAACUAUAAAAUUUCAAAAAGUAGCUCGAUAGCUAAGUUUGUAGUCUCGUGUAAACGAUCUAGUUUGGUUGGUAGACUCCUUUCCGUUGCUCUUCAACCCAACUUGUCUAGGAAGGUCUCACGUCUUGGAUUUGCAACGCUGUGCGGUUCCUUAAUGUUUUGCGCAAUUCGGAGGGUGCUCAGGCCUGACAAUGAUGUGGUGGAAUUGUCCAGGGAGGAGAAGGAAAUGCUGAGGAGAAAGAUGAAGUCAAGGAUGGAGAAAGAGGAGAUGAUGGCUAGCACUGUUGAAGUGCUCCCUAACGCUUUAGAACCAGUAAUUGAGAGGCCUCCGUUGGACAAGCAAGAACUUAUGAACAGAAUUUUGAAAGCAAAGGAAUCAAAAGAUAAAUUGACAUUACUGGAUUCGGCCAGUACCCUCACUUCUAAAGCUGAUAAUUUUGAUGAUAAAAUUCAGGAAAUUAGAGGGAUGGCCAGACGUGCACGCCAACUUGAGCAACAGCAGUCUUCCUCAUUCAGCAGGGAUGAAGAAGAAAACGAGGUUGUGAAAGAGAACAUACACAACGGAAUGAAAGAAGGCAAGAGUCAAGAAGAGGUGGUGAGUUUUCCAGAUAGUCUGUCAGAUGGAGAUUCAGAGAAACCUGGAUGCAUAAAUGGAACUAUAAGCUCCCUAUCUGUAAAUGAUUCUAAGGAAGAAGAUACUGGAUUCUUGGGUGAAUUUUCAUUUGGAGACUUUUCCAAGAAAAGUGAGACUUAUGCCAGGUCUUCGAGCAUGGAAACCACAGAAGAUGGAAGAAGCAGCAAAUGGGUUCCUGAGGAGAAAGAGUGUACUUCACACUUAUUAGAUGUGAAAGAAGUGAUGCAAUCAGACAUGGAAAAUAAGCAUUCAAAAGGUGAUUCAUGGAACCCUUUGGGAAUUAAUGGAACUUUAAGGCCCACAUCUGUAGAUGAACCUAAGACAGAAGAUAGUGGCUUUUUGGGUGAAGUAUCAUCUGGAGAUGCCACAGAGUGUACUGAUUCUGGGAAUCAUACAGUGCGUAGCAUGGUAGUUUCUGAAACUGGGGAAAAAAAUACAUGGGAUCUGGAAAAGAGUGACAAAACUAUACACUCACCCCACAUGAAAGAAGUGAUGCAAUCCCAUGAUACUAAUGAUACAUCAAAUUCGUUGGAUAAGAUUUCUAUUGGGAUGAAACCUAAGGUUAUACGGUCCGUCAAGGAAGCCAGGGAGUACCUCUCCCAAAAACGUGCCAAAAGGAAGGAUGACCUAGAACCCCAAGUCAGAAACCUCCAAAAGGUCACAGAUAAUCUUAUCCCUGCUGCUGAUCAAGAUUUGAAGGACAAGAAAGGCCUAUUAAAUUACAAAAAUAACAGUAUGCUUGAAACUUCUAUGAUUGAUGAUACACCAGGUCUUACAUCCAUAAAAAAUGCUUGUGAAGAUUCUACCCUAAGGAGAACAGGAGUGGCUACUGAUAUCUCACAGUCCCUUCCAGUCAAGGUUCUUGAACAUGAAGAUGUACAGGAAAAGAAUGAGGUGGAUGAUCUGAAGAUGUUCAGAACUUCGCAGGAUUCUACAGGCAGUGAUUGCAGUACAGAAGCACCACUGCAUAUAGAUCAGGAUAGUUGGAUGGAGAAAAACUUUCAGGAGUUUGAGCCCAUUGUUUCAAAGAUUAGAGUUGGUUUUAGAGAAAACUAUAUGGUUGCUAAAGAAAAAGGUCAUGAUGAGUCACUUUCAAUUGCUGACAUAACACAGCUCGGGUCCAAUGAUGAUGAUAGUGAAUUUGAAUGGAUGAAAGAUGAUGGCCUCAAAGAAAUUGUCUUUCAGGUCCGAGAAAAUGAGUUGGCUGGGCGGGAUCCGUUUCACCUGAUGGAUGCUGAUGAUAAGCAUGCAUUCUUUAAGGGUCUUGAAAGGAAAGUUGAGAUAGAGAAUGCAAAGCUGUUGAAUUUGCAUGAAUGGAUUCAUUCAAGAGUUGAAAAUAUUGAUUAUGGAACAGAUGGUAUUAGCUUGUAUGAUCCACCAGAGAAAAUUAUGCCCCGCUGGAAGGGUCCACCAGUAGAUAAAGAUCCAGAAUUUCUUAACAACUUUUCAGAACUGAAGAAGUCAGUUGUUGCUAGAAACAUGGGACACUCACACCCCAUGAAUGAGGAUGCGCAAGACACACUUCAAAAAUCAGAAAAAUCCCUAUCCUCCGAUGAUAUUUCCACUUCCUCACCAGUUUGUGAGCAAAGGAAGAUAUCUCAGGGUGGUGUCUCUGCAAAGCUGAAGACAGUUAUUGAGAGCAGUGAUGGUUCCAUUAGAGCUGGAAAAAAAUCAGGUAAAGAGUACUGGCAACAUACAAAGAAAUGGUCCCGAGAGUUCCUAGAAGCUUACAAUGCCGAGACAGAUCCAGAGAUUAAAUCCGUAAUGAAGGAUAUGGGAAAGGAUUUGGAUCGAUGGAUCACUGAGGAGGAAAUACAAGAAGCAGCUGAUCUGAUGACCAGGAUACCCAAGAAGAAACGCAGAUACAUAGAAAAGAAACUCAACAGGCUCAAAAGAGAGAUGGAAAUGUUUGGACCACAGGCUGUAGUCAGUAAGUACCGUGAACAUGCAGAAGAGAAAGAAGAGGACUAUCUGUGGUGGUUAGAUCUUCCUUGCAUACUGUGCAUUGAACUGUACACAGUUCAAGAUGGGGUUCAGAAAGUGGGAUUUUAUUCUUUGGAGAUGGCUGGUGAUCUAGAAUUGGACCCGAAACAAUACCAUGUAAUUGCUUUUGAGGAUGCUGGAGAUUCCAAAAACUUAUGCUAUAUCAUACAGGCUCAUAUGGAGAUGCUUGGAAAUGGCCAUGCUUUUGUUGUUGCCCGCCCACCUAAGGAUGCCUUUCGAGAAGCCAAAGCAGAUGGUUUCAAUGUUACUGUCAUCAGAAAAGGGGAGCUCCAACUUAAUGUGGAUCAAACACUUGAAGAGGUAGAGGAAGAAAUUUCUGAGAUUGGGAGCAAGAUGUACCAUGAUAAGAUCAUGCGUGAACGCUCUGUGGAUAUUGGCUCAUUGAUGAAGGGUGUUUUUGGUUCCAGCAAAUCUACCAAAAGGCAGAGGUCCAAGCCGAAGCUAAAGGAACCAACCAAGCAUUGAUAGAUGCUCCGGAAGGGGGAUCACUAGGUGAGAUGCAUAAUUGAAUUUACGAGGGUAUAUAUGGUUUUUGGUGACGUAGUAGAAAUCAGGCCAUCCCAUCUACUUCAAGGUGUCUUGAAGAAGAGCCGCUUUUGCCCCACUUACUGGAUUGUGGAUGAAGAGGUCCUGGAAUUGAGUGGCAAUGAUCCUCCGUAAAAUGUACAAUUCGACAUCUCGGUUACGCCUUGUGAUUCACAAUCUGUAGGUAUCAAGAUAAACGCAAAAAACUAAAGCUAAUUAGUGAACCACAAGAUCUCUAGUUUUCAAUUAAUUU